GUGUUUGCAGAUCUGUGACGUUUUCCAGGACAGGCAAUAAACCAGAAGUGCAGGUUGUGUCUCGUCCUCUGCAUCCCAGCAGCGAAAAUAAUUUAUGAGGACUCGGUCGAGCCAUUGGACUGGGUGUGUUUCAUGUGAGAUAUGACAAUGUUAUAGUUUUAGUGCAAGAAGAAGCUAACUGUUAGACUGUAGACGAAUAAAACGGAUGUCGUGUCAGCCCUGUGGUGCCUGUGUGGUGUUGACAAGUCUGAAGUUCAGUGCAGGCUGAGUAAACACUCUCCGGCUGAGCUUUACUGGCUCCCCAUCCAACCACAGUCACUCACCGGUGUCUCAACAAUGAACUAUGGAAAGCCUCAAGCACUAACUGAAGAAUGGCAAGAUUUAGGCGCAAAUCUUGCAUCACAUUAAUUGCUCUGGUGUUGCUCAUACUCGCCAUAACUGUGUUCUUAAAGGAGCUAACAUCACGGGACUCUCCAUUCAGCAGCCCAGCCCAUAUAAAGGGGUUUCCCGAACCAGAGAGCCGGGAAGACCGCAACAAAAAACCAGAGGAGAUCAAAAUGAGCAGCGUUGCUCAGUCAGACAAGGAUGCAGAACUGGAAGCGACACUGAGGAAGUUCCCUCCUCCGAAUUACUACCUCCAUGCCUUCUACUACACGUGGUAUGGAAACCCAAAGAUUGAUGGAAAAUACAUACACUGGGACCAUCCGCAGCUGCCACACUGGGACGUUAAGGUAGCUCAGGGAUAUCCACAAGGGAGACACACCCCACCUGAUGACAUUGGAGCCAACUUUUACCCCGCUUUAGGGGUUUACAGUUCCAGAGACCCCUCUGUUAUAGAGGCUCAUAUGCAGCAGCUGCGUACAGCAGCCAUUGGUGUCAUUGCUGUUUCCUGGUAUCCUCCCAAUAUGAAGGACGACAACGGUGACUCAACAGACGACAUUGUGCCUUUGCUGCUUGAGGUGGCUCAUAAAUACCACAUUAAGGUAGCUUUUCACAUUGAGCCAUACAAAGGAAGGGAUGAAGUCAACAUGUUCACUAAUGUUAAAUACAUCAUUGAGAAAUACGGAGAGCACCCGGCCUUUUUCAAGUACUUGACAAACACUGGCAAACUUCUUCCGCUCUUCUAUGUGUAUGACUCAUAUCUGUUGAACUCGGAGCAGUGGGCCAAGCUGCUAAAGCACACGGAGACCAACAGCAUCAGGGAUACCCCGUAUGACGCCAUCUUCAUCGCCCUGCUGGUGGAGGAGAAAGACAAGAGAGAUAUCCUGACAGCAGGGUUUGACGGCGUUUACACCUACUUUGCCACUAAUGGUUUUUCCUACGGGUCCACGCAGCGUAACUGGGCCUCUAUAAAAGCUUUCUGUGAAGAUAACAACCUGAUGUUCAUUCCAAGUGUAGGCCCGGGAUAUAUCGACACGAGCAUUCGACCCUGGAAUUUCCAAAACACUCGAAACCGCAUCAAUGGCAAAUACUACGAAACCUCGCUGAGUGCAGCACUGGAAGCCAGGCCUGAUUUUAUCUCAAUAACAUCCUUUAACGAGUGGCACGAGGGGACUCAGAUUGAAAUGGCAAUUCCAAAAACAAGCCAGACGGUGUAUCUGGACUAUCUGCCCAACAAACCAUCAAUCUACCUGGAAAUAACUCGCAAAUGGGCGGCGAUAUUUGGUGGUGAGAGACGAAAGUGGCAGGAAUGAAAAUGACUAAGAGCCAUAGCAGAUGUUUAUUCAUGGGGGUAUAAACAAAAUGAAAACUAAAUGGAGUUCUGCUUGCUGAACGCAGAGCAAAAUGCAAAUGAAGACCAACUUUAUGAGAAAAGCCAAAUGAUUUGCAAAGCCGUAGGCAAGUGAACCACCUAAUUAUCUUAAUUUUGGCUGCGCUGAUGUAUGUCGUUUUGUUGCACUUGAACGAAUUAUUGUGAAUUUAACUGAUGUCUUAUUAACGCUUGUUUGCACACCCCUGUACAUUUUUGCUAUUCCUGGAUUUUCACCAGCCGAAACAGCAUAGGCAUGUUUUGCAGUUCUGUGAUCUGUGACUAUAUUAGACCCGAACAGAAAUAAAGUGCACUCUGCAACGAGGCAGAGAUACGAGUAAACAAAGCAGUCUGGUGGAAUAAAGCUGUUGCCUCAUUCUGCUUUCAACUCGGCUUCAGCCCAAAAUACAGUACAAGAAGAGAAGGAGAGGGGAAAAAACCCCACGCAA